CAAAUCUUGAGAUGUUUUAGGAAGAACAACACCUUGAAUCACAGCAUCCCUGCGAAUUCAUCGCGUUUUGGCCGAUUUUCGGUCUUCUGGCGGUCGUUAGGCCCAAAAUGGCUCUGGUUUCGUACAGUUUGUGCAGCUAGACGGACGGUCCGUCGGUGAUUCGUUGAAUCCCGGGUGGUUUUGAGCUGGGAAGGUGGAAAAAUGUCACAGACAGCUCGGCGGGGCAUCUGAUCAAAAGGACUCCUAAGAUGGCGCCGUAUUCUUGUGUUUUCUUCACUACUCGGACACUUGUGCUGCGGUGGCUUUUGUUAGUCACCGUGUGUGUGCUGGUGGUUGCAACGACGGCGGCGCCGAGUGGCGAUUCCUCGCCUGCAGCGGCGCCGGCCGAGCUGGAGACUGCCCUGAACACGACGUUUGACGCCCACAUUCCGCCCGCCUCUGCUAACGAGUGUCCGGGCGUGUGCGUCUGUGUCCUCGACUAUGUACAGUGCGGACAACUCGGAGAUAGUAUGAUCCCGGACAACAUUCCUGAAAGUGUCAAAGAUUUGCGACUGAGUGGAAAUGGCUUUGACAUUAUGCCAAUUUUUCCCUACCUCCCCCAACUGAAAAUUCUGGAUAUGAGACACAACAGACUGAGAAGUCUCUCCAAGGAAGACUUCACUCCCAUGCCGUCUCUAACCGAAGCCGACUUCAGCCAUAAUGACAUCAGACUCGGCUCAGACUCUUUUCCUGCCAACUUUUCAUUGCAACGAUUAAACCUCAACAAAAAUCAAAUAAAAAAUCUGCAAGGAGGCUACAUGGACGGGUGCUCCAGUUUGGUCAGACUUUCAAUAUCGAGAAACCAAAUUUCUCGAAUCGAGAAGGGCUUUUUUGCCACUAUGGCCAAUUUGGAAUCACUUGACUUAAGCAACAACAGAAUCAAUGAAAUUGAAGGCAUCACUUUCAAAGGACUUUCUAAACUCCAGCAUAUGAAUUUAAGAAGAAAUAAAUUAGAGGAAAUGCUUGAUGGCGCUUUUUACGAGUUGAAAAAUCUCAAGAAAUUGCAACUUGACUACAACGGUAUUCCCACCUUACGGAAAGCUUGGCUUUAUGGAUUACCCUCUCUCCAACAUCUGAAUUUGUCAAACAACGAAAUUUCCUUAAUUGAAACUGAUGCUUUUGAGUUUUGCUACGACCUGCAUGACUUGGAUCUUUCCAACAACUUGCUGACCUCACUAGGCCCUCAUGCCUUUAAACAUCUGUCGAAACUGAAGAGACUUGAUUUGAGUGGCAAUCACAUGUCGGAUAUAACUGAUACUGCUUUCAGCAAUUUGCCAAGCUUGGAAAUUUUGAUUUUGAAGGAAAAUCUUCUAGCCCACGUUAUUGAAGACCCGAUCGGUUCAUUCAAGCCCCUGACUGGCUUGUUGAUGCUGGACCUCUCAUCAAACAACAUCACAGCAUUCAACCCUAAAUCAUUUGAAGGUCUGAGCCACUUGACACAUCUGGACCUUAACGACAAUCCAAUCAAAACGAUUCAAGAAAAGGCCUUGGAUGAAAUGCAUCGUCUAAAGUACUUAGAAAUGAACUCCCAAGACCUUUUGUGCUACUGUAACCUUGACUGGCUGCCUGAGUUCCUGGUCAGCAAGAGCUUGAAACUGGAUCUGCGCUGUAAACAUCCGCGGGAGCUUCGAGGCGACCUAAUCCGUCAACUCCGACCACUCAGUUUGCCAUGCGAUGGUUUUCCCAAGCCUGCCAUCAUCGAAGAGCCACGCUACUUAGAAGCUAAAACUGGGGACAACAUUACCCUGACAUGUCGAGCGUCCGCUCCUGUCCAGGAGUUGAUGAGGUUUCAGUGGAAGAAAGACAAUAUUGUAAUUUCUGCACACAAGGGCCAAGUUGACGGUGAUUUGGAGAGCUUGGAUGAGAACUGGCAGCAACAGUCUCUACUGAAUUUGAACAAAAUCAACUCUUCUGACGCUGCGGUUUAUCAGUGUAUUGUUUCGAACGACUAUGGAACUACUUUUUCAUCCAAGGCCAAAGUGAACGUCUUCACUUUGCCUGUUUUUCUAAAGAGACCACAGAACUUAACGCUAAAGGCAGGAAGCACAGCUAGACUUGAGUGUCAUGCAGAAGGCGAACCAAAGCCAGAAAUUUCUUGGAACAAAGAUGGUGGCAGCUCUUUUCCAGCCGCUGCUGAAAGAAGAAUGCACGUUUUGCCUGCUGACGUAACUUUCUUCAUUGUGGAUGUCAAAUUAAGCGAUUCGGGAAGUUACAGCUGUUCUGCUGUAAACAAAGCAGGCAAAGUCACAACCGAUGCUGUUCUUACAGUAGUUGAACCACCUGUUUUCAUCAAACCUAUGGAGCACAAGGAUGUCACCGAGGGGGAAACCACUGUCUUGGAAUGCAUGGCUGGUGGCCACCCUAAGCCAAAACUAAGUUGGACUAAGGACAGCCAGCCGUUGUUAGCCACAUCUCGGCAUUUCUUUACUGCUGAAAAUCAACUGCUAAUCAUCGUCAAUUCUGCAAAGACUGAUUCCGGCAACUAUCAGUGCGAAAUCGCCAAUUCUGCUGGCACUGAACGAGGCUCUUCCCGCCUGACCAUCAUUCCAAGGUCGGUUACUAUUGCAAGCAGUCAGUCCAUUUACGUGUAUGUGGUCAUCUCUGUGGUGUGCUGCAUCGUGGUGACCUCUUUCUGCUGGGUGGGUGUCAUAUACCACACUCGGACGCGCCCAAGCGCCACCCCCACUCCAGCCCAAGCAUCACUGUCAUUGGGACCGGUGGUGUCGUCUGCACCUGUAAUCAUGCCUUUCCAUGAUGUCGAUUCGGAGAGCAGCAAAGACAGUGGACACGGUGACUCGGCGCGGCGGAGCAAUGAGGAGUUGGCCAAGGGCUACUCAAGUGGCUCCGACGUUGAUGAGCAGGCCAUUGAGGAAGACGAGGAGCCUGAGUACGUUUCUCGGAACGAAGUGGUGCCCUCAAUGUCCACCUUCAGGCCGUACAACUCUCCAAGACAGUACAAUGGGGCGGCAGAUGACUAUGCCUCUCGAGAGGAGAUUAGGGCGUGCAUUCCCAGAAUGGUGUGACUGAAGUGACUUUUUUCAAAUGAUUUUUUUUUUUUUCAUUUUCCCCUUUGUUGACCAAAAACGAUUUUGUUGGUUCUUAAGUUUUGCAAAAGGGAAGGCGUUGAGCUUUUUGGAUCUCAAAAUUUUUGCCACAAUCCAACGGAAGUAUUAUUUUAAAUGUUAAAAGUCUACCUCACGUCUCUCCCUUUUCCAUCCUUUGCAGCAACCGUCAUCGAGUGAAACCAAAAAGAGAAUGAGGACGGUGGUUUUUCUUAUUGAGGGCCAUUUGUGAUGUAAUGUGAUUACCUUAUAAUUUAAAUCAAUGCAGCAUACCUAAUGUAAAUACGUGUGCAAUAUAACCAAAAUAAUAUAUUACAAGAAAUAUUCAAUUAUUAACUCUUAGGAAUCAGUCAGAAAGACUUGAUCUUGCUGUAAAGCAAGACGGCCAUUAUUUUUAUUCUUCCUCCUUUGUUUCUUUGCCCCUAAAAUCAGGGUGUGAACCGGAACUAAUUCGAGCACAAAUUUUUAACUCUUUAUUUCAACGAGCACAAUUCAGAACAAGGGCAGCUUUUUGCCUCUGCAUAGAUUGGCCUUAAACUCCACAUCGGAAUGCCUUGUCAAAAGUAGACUACAAUUUGUUGCGAGUAUUAUACUUAUUGAGAAGAAUAAUGCUUGUUUUCAGUUGCACUGUUCCUCUUUAGCCUUAUAAAGUUUUUGAAAAAAAAAAUUAUAAAUGCUGUCAAGGUUGUGCCUGACGAGAAAGAUUCUGUGCCUGAUUUUUUACUCUGUACUUUUUCCAUCCCCAGAAUGGCUUAAUUUAUUCUUCGCAGCUUGAAGGCAAUUUUUUUUAAAUUAAAUAAAUGUCCUACAUGUAGUAGGCUGAAAGAAGCCUAUUUAGAAACAAAAUUAUUCCCAAAUUGGUGCUAUUUCAAAAUCAAGAUUUGAAUUUUUAUAAACAUCAAACUUACAUAAGAUGAAGUAAGUUUUUUUUAAGUUUGAGUGCAAUAAUGAAAUGGAAAUUAUUAACCGACUGUAUGUAUUCAAUGUUCAACAUUUAUCUAAACAAUUUAGCCAUGGCAAACCCUAUUGUUCUUCGUAAAAAUUCACAAUGUUUAGAGCGUUCGGCAAAAACUUUUAUACUACUUACCAUACUUUGAUUCUAUUAUGCUAAACCUACUGAAAGGAAUAAAAAAAAUGAGCAGCGUGCUUUUGGUACCUUUCUAGAUUUAUAAUGGCAAACUUAAGAUCUUGAAAGAUUUAGGAAAAGUCCAUGUGUCAUAAAUGUUAGAGCCAUAAAUAAUAUACUUUUGAGCCCCAAUAUCGCUAUUUUGUUAGCCGAAGUUGAAAAACUUGAUGAAUUACAAGACUCAUUUUUUAAUUGUACGUUAGGAUAUUGAUGUAAUGCAUGACUCUUAUGUGUAUCUGUAUCAGUGAAUGUGCAUUUUGAUUACUAGGUGUAUGUUGUGGAUGGCAGAACGUUGUGUAGUAUUUCAUUAAAAAGAAAGAAACAGUGACAAGAGAAUGAAGCAUUUUCUUUGAAACCAGAAGAACCCUAUCUUGUUGGUUUGGGGAACUGAAAAUUAAUAAUCAGACCUGAAAAUUUAAACAAGAAGAUCAUUUUGAAUUUUAUUCUUCAAUAUAUGUACAACAUGAGAUUUUGGAUUAUUCCAUCUUAUUAUCAGUAUUUUGAAUGAUUCAACACACCUUAGUUUCAAACUGCAUUCUUUACGUGAAUUUAACAGAUUUUGGCAGUAUGCGAGAUGGGAACUGACCUCGCUCUAGAGCAUUACAAAAUUCUGAAUUAUGAACAGCAAUAAAUAUUUACACUAAUAUAUUUUUGUUUUGCCUCUCCGACUCGAAUAAGGUCCAUUCAUACA